AAUUCCCAAAUAUACAUUUGUAUGUACAAUGUCAUUAUUGGAUGAGCCAAUAAAUGAAUUCCCUGCUGAACCUGGUGGCUCUAUCAACGUGGCGAAUUCAUAAAAGUAAUUGCCAAUUAGUUACUUACGAACCUCACUGUGUGUGAAUUGUUACAUAACUUUAACUGUACUAAUGCAACUGCCACUCAUCCUUAGGAUUUAAUAAGAAUCAAAAAUGGAAACUUUCAAGACGGUUCGAGGGGUUCCCACGAAAGUGGUCUGUUAUGGAAAACAUGUAGAUGAUGAUCUAAACGACGUGAACUUCUUAAUCUUGGUAUUUCCAGGAAAUCCGGGACUGGUAGAUUACUAUAAAGAAUUCAUGACUGAGAUACACAGAUUCUUGUCCGAUAAGUACCCUGAUACGCCCAUCCCGGUGUGGGCAAUUAGUCAUGCAGGACAUCAGAGGGAUGAUUUGGCUCAUCACCUAUUUCCUUCCCUUGAAGAAAACGAACAUUUGUACAGUUUGGAGGGCCAAUGCAAUCACAAGUUUGAAUUUGUAAAAGAAUAUAUUCCAAGCCAUAUUAAGGUGACAGGAAUUGGUCACUCAAUUGGGUGCAAAGCGUGGUCAGAAGUCAUUAAAAUGCUUGAUGUGGCAAGAGGAACUGUUGUGGACCCCCAAGUUGUUAUAGAUGAAAAAAUUCCAGAAUCGCUUCCUGAAGUCGUCAAAUGUUUCAUGCUAUUUCCAACCUUGGAACACAUGGCCAAAACUCCAAAUGGAAAAUGGUUUACAGGACUCAUUCCGUAUUAUGGAUUCCUUGAACCGUUUGUCAGACUAGUCACGGUGCUGCCGACAUUAUUUCACCGGAUGAUGUUAAACGUUUACUUUUUCGGGAAAAGUGUUCCUGAUAGUGUUAAGCGGACAUCUCUUCAAAUCUUUCGGUCUGAUAUUUUCCAUAAGAUCCUAUACAUGGCAAAGUGCGAAAUGGAGUUCGUGCUGGAUCUGGAUGUAGCCACAUUGGACCGAAAUUUGGACAAGUUGUUCUUCUGUUUUAGCCAAACUGAUGGAUGGAUGCCAUUGGAAUAUGUGGAUGAUAUGAAGAACAAGUUCCCCAAGAUGAAAUUUCAAAUUUGUGAACGAGGUGUGGAACAUGCGUUUGUCAUUAAACACAGCGUGCUAAUUGCUGAAGCUAUUUGUUCUCAAUUGGAUAUAUAUAAUAAGUAAUAAGAGAAUUAUUGACUCUUCGACACUGAAUAUGUGCAAUAAUGCAUAUAUUUGUCAUAGCUUAUAUUAAAAUACUUAUAUUUUGCUAUCACACUUUCCAAAAUCAGCAAUAAAAAUAACUAUUGGGACUGUUAUUAGAAAGCAUUCCACCAAUA